AUGCUGUUCUUCAACCGUGGCGUCUCAUUUAAUCCGAAAACGGACAUCCCAUCCCUCGAAGGCAAAGUGAUCCUCGUGACAGGCGGGAACAGCGGGCUUGGGAAGCAGUCCGUCCUCGAAUUUGCUCGACACGAGCCGGCACAGAUAUGGCUCGCCGCACGCGAUUCAGAUAAGGCCAAGACUGCCAUCGAUGAUGUCAGGAAAGAAGUUCCAAAUGCCAAUAUCAAGCAUAUCGAGCUGGAUCUCACGUCUCUCGAUUCAGUCAGGAAUGCCGCCAAGACCUUGUUAGAACAGUCUGACCGCCUCGAUCUCUUGUUGCUGAAUGCGGGCAUCAUGGCGUCUCCUCCAGGUCUGACACAAGAUGGGCUAGAGCUUCAAUUUGGCGUCAAUCAUGUUGCGCAUGCAUUAUUGACCAAACUGCUAAUGCCUCUAUUGCUCAAGACGGCCGAGGCCCCCAAUGCGGAUGUUCGCGUAAUUGUCCUGUCAUCGGUGGGACACAACAUGAGUCCUAAGGAGGGCAUUCAAUUCGAGAACGUGCACACAAAGUGCGACAACGUGCAGACCUGGACACGAUACGGCCAGAGUAAGCUUGCCAAUGCGCUGUUCGCGCGCGAAUUGGCGAAGCGAUAUCCUCAGCUCAAAACAGCUGCUGUCCAUCCGGGAGCUGUCAACACCAACCUGGGUCGGUAUUUGAAAGAAAGCUAUCCUUUCCUCAGCUUCCUGCAGCCACUCGCGGACCUGCUCCUCACAAGCAUCGAGAGCGGGACCAAGAACCAGCUGUGGGCGUCGGUUUCGAAGGAUGUUGUGAGCGGUGAGUAUUACACGCCUGUUGGCGUGCACGGCAAUGCGAGCCCCCAGGCGAGGGACGAUGCACUGGCGCGGAAGCUUUGGGAGUGGACAGAAGAGGAGCUCAAGGCUUAUGAGGUCUAG